AUAUAAAUUUUUUGGUUCGCCACUGGUUCUAUUACAGAGCAGUGGAUCGAUUUACUAUUCACGCAAUUGAUUCACUACUUCCAAUUGAAGUUGCUCACUUAUGCUAAUCAAUUAUUCUCUGUCCUAGGUUAAAGUAGUAAUCAAAAUAAUGUAUUCAAGACUCAAUCAAUUUUGAAAAAUGCCUCAAUAGAAUAUAAUGUAUCAGUUCAACAAUCAUUAUCCUAACAUCCGAGCUCCAAUUGUCGAAUAAAUGCUCAAAUCAGCUCCAAGGGUGGACUUUUCAUAGCUUUCUCUCUUUAGAAGUCUUUUAUCUCGUUUUAAUAUCAAGGAAAUCUGAUCCUUAGCAAAAAACCUGAUAUUCUAAUUUGUACUCGCAGCUGGGAAUUCCUCAAGUAGUUACACGACCGUGUAACUCAGAAUACAGACCGUGUAAUUCCAAAACGCAUCGUUGAACUGGAACUGCGCCAAGGGAAAUCCACGACAUCUCCUUAAGAUUCCCCGAUCAUGGAACUCAGGUGUCUAUAUUGUGGAACCCUCUAUGAGAACCCAUGUCUUGUCCUUAAGAAGUACGAUCCUCUUGAGUUUGGUCCGUUCCGGACCGAACGGUUGCACACCCUAGUGCCUACAAUUGCAAACAUGCACAGGAAAUGAGGAUGCGUUUAUAGAAUCUAAUUUACAAAAAAAAGUAGCUAACUGCUAAGAUAACAAGGAUAGUACAUAAAUGUGCCUUCUAAUGGCCAACUCACAUGCUGAAAAAAGGCCGGUUUAAUUGUGGAAGGCAACUAGGCAAAGUACAUCUGAUAAUUAGAUGUGUUACCGAAAGGCUGAUUGCCUUUAAUAGCUGCGAUUCCUCGUGCCUGCAGGCUGGCUCUGCCUAACUUGUCCAUCAUUUACUUUUGUGCUCCCAUGUGUAAAAGAGCACGCCCUAAUUCCUCACUUUCUGUUAAUGACGCUCGCAUGUCCUUAAUCCUUUAUUAUCUGUGAUUUAAGAACAAAUAAUAAGCGUUGAUCUGAAUUUUUCGUUAUCAACGAUCAGAUUAUUCUAUUAAUAAGUAACGAAGAACAAAAAUCGUUACAAGUAAGUCUCAUAUGAAGAACGGAAAAUUAGUUCCAGGGCGUUAGGUAUCUCAGUAAACUUAUUAUAAUUAGGUAGUUAGGUAUCGAAUCAUUUGAUUUGAUGGUGGAAUAGAGUAUCCCACAAACGAAUCGAUCUCCAGAGCACAGCCAGUACUGAACAUUUUUUGGCAUAAAAUAUUAAUUAAUAAACAAAAGAACAUGGGUCAAAAAGCACAGUGAAAAAAAAAAAAAAAACUUGAACUCAAAGUUUUGCCGAUCGACAUUUUUCCGUUUGCUUCAAAGGCACCUCCUCCUCCUACCUAUCUUCCUAUAAGUAUUUGCUUCCUCAUCAAAACAACACAAACUUUUCUGACUACAAACAGUAAGGAUGAGUAAAACUAAAUCUACAUCCAUUUUCCGUUUUUAUAUAUUCUUUUACUUUUGGGGUUGUAAAUAAUAAUUAGCUAGAUUCAAUAAUAACGAGCCUAGCAUUAGCAUAGCGAUGCUAUUUGGCUCCCGCGUUUUUGUUCUUCACUAAAAUUCAGAUUAAACGCGAGCAACCCUCUUAAUUAAAUUAAACUCGAUACGUAAUUAUCCGCGGCGAACGAAAACGAUCGAUCUCGCACGCUCCCCUUGAGCUUCGAUGGUCGACGAUGAAGUGGUUUUAGUAAUGCGGUACGUACUAUGUAGACUUGCAACUUAUGGCCAUCUUCCCUCUCAAAUAACUCUUCUCUCGAGUGUUAUUUUAUAUAAAAAAAUAAACAAUCAGGAGGAUUACUCAUCAACGGUUAUAUAUAGAAUACUUAUUAGGAUCAUUAUUUAUCAUAAAAUCAAUCAGGCAGUCGUUAAUUGGUAGUAAAAGACACUUAAUUUAGAAUCCCCCAAGAUUAGCGGCAAGAGAAAAAUAAACGGUCAACCAACCACGUCGGAGAGAGAGAGAGAGAGGUGGUGAGAAGUAGUCGUGUGCAGCGUUUUUAGCCGAAAUGCAGUGCACGUCAAUGACAGCACCGUCGAUCAACCGUCCGAUCCAAUAUUCGGUCAACGGAGAGCGAGUCAUUAGGCAAAGAGAAAGGUUUUUGCAUCGAAUGGAAACGGGAACACCGGAGCACAGACCCAACUCCGACAUAAUCUCCUGACAGUUGGAGAGCGGAAUGCUGAGUUGGCAAAGUGGCCGCGCACUUUCCUUUUUUUUUUCCCCUUCUUUCUUUCUUUACUUUACUUUUGCCCCUCUUUUUGUUGGGCCCCACCAUUAUCCUACGAAUGAGUUGAAGCACACCGUUUUUAAUCUCACUAGUCUCGUCGUCCUACCGGAAAAAGGCAUCCGAAAUAUAGAAAAUCCUAAAACCUUUUUUUUUCGUGUGGAAUCUUCUCCCUGGACUAAUUUGCCCUUCCUUUUCUUGUCAUUUCACCGUCGAGUCCUCGCUGCUGCCCUUUGAUCUGGUACAUUCCUAGGUCAAGGGUCGAUUAAGGAAAUUCUCAAUGAAAUAUUAUCACCAUCCAAGCAAAUACUGCACAUUUGCUAAAUCCAAAAUAAUGGUCACGAUUCUAAAACGAUAUUUUAUAAACAUUGUUAUUUCAGUAGUACUUUGGGGGGACGAUAUAUAUAUCAGCAAUAUUGAUUACCAAUAUAGUGAAUGUGAUUAUAAAAUGAUAUCUAGAACAACCGAACACCUUAUACUUCCAGAUAGUAUAACUACGCAUAUGACAGUCUAAAAUGAAAAAUCGUAGGUUAUUCCUCUCAUUAGGGAGAGCUCAAGUACUAACGUAGCUAUUCAGUUCUCAAAUACAUUAGUUAACAAUAGGGCUGGAAGUUUGAUACCGGUAUUUGGGAUAUACCGAAACCGAAUUUAUCUAUAUUUGGUAAAACCGAAUACACGUAUUAUUUUGUGGGAUUGGGAUUGGGAUUGAGAUUGAAUUUCAAUUGUUAUUUGGUAUUAGGGAUUACGGGAUUGGGAUCGGUAUAUACCAAAAUGUAAGCUAGUGUGUAUUUAAUCCUCUCAACUAGACUCUCUCAUUCACUACUACGCGACCAUCAACCACCAAAUUCGUCAUUUAAUUAUACAUAGAUCAUUACAUCACUAUUUCACACUAGUAUUAGUCGUCUCUCAACCUCAAAUUCGUCAAAUUAAAGAUUACCAAUUACAAAAAUUUGAGAUGUUAGCUCUAGGAAACUCAAGACUAUUCGCUUAGUCUCUUUGCCAUAAAUUAAACAAUAAAAUCUAAUUUAUAUAUUUAAUUAUUAAUUGUAAAUGUAAUUAAUUAUGUAUUCGAUAAUACCGAUUGGGAUACCGAAAUUAUUUCGGGAUUGAGAUUGGUAUACCGAAAUUAUUUAGGGAUUGAGAUUAGGAUUGAUUUUAGGGUGUAAUUCGGUAUUCAGAAUUUCGGUAUUUGGUAUUGGGAUACCGAUACCGUAUCGAUUUCCACCCCUAGUUAACAAUAAUUUCUCUCUGUUGUCAUUGGAAUUAGUAACUAUAAUUACUUUUGUUAAAAAAAACUAUAAUUAAUUUGGAGUUCCAUAAUCCUGUAUAUUAAAAAAAAUAAAGAAAUUUGGCUAUGGGUUGCAUAUAUUACCAAUAUACCCUUGGUUGGAGGGACAGGGACAAGUGCAGCAAUUGUGAGGACCCGCAGAGGGCAAAUCCGUCCGGCAAGGCCGAAAGUGAGCCAGCUGUGUUGCAUCACGAGCAUGACGCGUCAUGGGGUCCGUCGAUCCGACAAUUUUAAAUAAAAGCAACGGACAGGAUGCUUUCGGGAGCGAAUUUGAGGUUCAUUUGAGGUGAAUUUCUUCACAAUUUGCAUUUCACACUCUCCCCCGAAAAUCCAUUUAAAAAAACAGGCACCCCCCAAUUCCCUUUUCAGAUUUAUUAGCUUAGCCUUCUCCUGGUCGUUAACCACAAACCCCGAUAUCCACUCCCUGCGGCGGAGAAUCCACCGGCCGAUUCAAUUCCCCGGCAUUCCUUUUUCCAACCAGGUGAAUUUCGCAAUUCCCUCUCUUCCUCAUUCCGUCCAUUCUUCUGACGAUUGCGCUGUGUGUGUGUGUGUGUUUUUUUUUACCUCCCCGGAAUUUUAUUUCAGUCGGGAAUGUGCAUUUUCUCGCCGUCCGGUCGUUUACUCAUUGUUGGAUUGAAUUUUUGACGUACAUUCGCUUCGUUAACGCCUAACUAAUGAUUAUUGAGAUCUGCUCAUUUCCGAAACGGGAAUGGUGCGGUGAUUCACAUUGUUCUUCAUUGCACACUGUUAAAAAAUCACUGAGGCCGUUACGUGAUUAAUUUCUCAGAGAUAGGGUUUCCAUGAUUAGCGUUGAGUCUUGGUUCUAUGAUUUUUGAGUGCUGGUAGGGGGAAUGCUUGGCUUGGUAAUGCACUUCAACAUUUGACACACCUCAAUGGAGGAUUCAAUUGUAAAAUUCGAUAGAACAUGUAAAUAUGUAUCAGUGUUAUAAGGAUUCUUUUUUAGUGGCAAUGGAUCGUUUUCGAUAAGUUAGUAUCUCGAUUUCGAUAUUAUAUUGAUCUGAGACAUGGAUUUCCUUCCUAAUAACAGGUAUUAGGAAAUGGCAGAAGGUGAGGAUAUCCAGCCCCUCGUCUGUGACAAUGGUACUGGAAUGGUCAAGGCUGGGUUUGCCGGAGAUGAUGCUCCGAGGGCUGUAUUCCCUAGCAUCGUGGGUCGCCCUCGCCACACCGGUGUGAUGGUUGGUAUGGGCCAGAAAGAUGCUUAUGUAGGUGACGAGGCUCAAUCGAAGAGAGGUAUUCUGACAUUGAAAUAUCCGAUUGAGCACGGUAUCGUCAGCAACUGGGAUGACAUGGAGAAAAUUUGGCAUCAUACCUUUUACAAUGAGCUCCGUGUGGCGCCGGAGGAGCAUCCGGUUCUUCUCACAGAAGCCCCUCUCAAUCCCAAGGCUAAUCGUGAGAAGAUGACGCAGAUUAUGUUUGAGACCUUCAACACCCCUGCUAUGUAUGUUGCCAUCCAGGCCGUCCUUUCUCUUUAUGCCAGUGGCCGUACAACUGGUAUCGUUCUGGAUUCUGGAGAUGGUGUCUCCCACACAGUCCCCAUCUACGAAGGAUAUGCACUCCCACAUGCUAUCCUCCGUCUUGAUUUGGCCGGUCGCGAUCUGACCGACGCCCUCAUGAAAAUCCUGACCGAGCGUGGCUACUCCUUCACCACCACAGCAGAGCGAGAAAUCGUGAGGGACAUGAAGGAGAAGCUGGCCUACAUCGCGCUCGACUACGAGCAAGAGCUGGAGACAUCCAAGACCAGCUCAUCCGUCGAGAAGAGCUACGAGCUGCCCGAUGGACAGGUCAUCACCAUUGGAGCUGAGAGGUUCCGAUGCCCCGAAGUCCUCUUCCAGCCGUCCAUGAUCGGAAUGGAAGCUGCUGGGAUUCACGAAACCACUUACAACUCCAUCAUGAAGUGCGACGUGGAUAUCAGGAAGGACCUCUACGGCAACAUUGUUCUCAGUGGUGGAUCCACCAUGUUCCCGGGCAUUGCCGACAGGAUGAGCAAGGAGAUCACCGCGUUGGCUCCCAGCAGCAUGAAGAUCAAGGUUGUCGCUCCUCCCGAGAGGAAGUACAGUGUCUGGAUCGGUGGCUCCAUCCUGGCUUCCCUCAGCACAUUCCAGCAGAUGUGGAUUGCAAAAGCAGAGUACGACGAGUCUGGACCAUCCAUUGUCCACAGGAAAUGCUUCUAAUCGACAUAUCGUAUUGCCGGAGGAGCCUUGGCGAACAAUAUACAUAAUACUAUACCUUUUGUAUCGAGGAAAGGAAGUUCUACUUCUACCUGAGAAUCACGUGGGUUGCAAGCAACAUUUUCUCUUCCAUCUAUAUUUUUUGGUUUAAUUUCGGGUCUUGUGCUCUGUUAUUUCUUAUUUGUCUGGAAAAGAAACUGUUUUUUUCCUCAUUUUGUCAUUCGGAUAUUUUAUUUGUAGAAGAAAGAGUUUUGUGUAAUUUUGUAACUUGAUUUGGUCGUGGGUUAAAAGUUUUCAGGGCAUUCAUUAUUCCUAUUACAUCAUUGGUCUUGUAACAGUCUAUUUUGUUCUAAAUAAUAGUAAAAAAAAAUGAAAAAGGAACACUAUAAAUUACAUUCCUCUGU